UUCAUUAUGGUCGAGUAACAUUCAAGUAAACGGCUGCGUUAUAAGCCCAGUUCUCUUCAGCACCUUGACUUGCUCACUAGCGAUCUGAUUCGCAAUCAACUCAAUCUCCCUUCUUCCUCAUUCCUUUCUUCGCUUCCCUCUUCCUUUUUCUUCUUUCUUCGUCCUUACUAUCCGAUUUCACGCUUCUGCCUCGCACCUUAUAUUUUUUACCUCACAAUUUUUUUUGUACUUUUCCACGCUCUGUUCGCUUCGCCGUUCUCUCGCUCUUUCAACACAUCCUUCAUCUACCAUUUCCAUUCUACCCACAAGUAACAAUGACCACUAGCGUUACAGCCCAGAACGGCCGGCCCGUCUUCACUAUUGUAGUCCUUGGAGCCUCAGGAGAUCUGGCCAAGAAAAAGACCUUCCCAGCCCUAUUUGGCCUCUUUCUCCAUGGCCAUAUCUCACCAACGACCCGGAUCAUUGGCUAUGCGCGCACCAAGAUGGACCGGCCCGAUUACCUGAAGCGAAUCUCGCAGUAUAUCAAGAACAAGACCACUCCCAAGGUUAAGGCUGCGCUGGAGCAAUUCCUGGACCAGUGCACCUAUGUCUCAGGCGUUUAUGAUCAGGACUCUGGGUUCCAAGAUCUGGAGAAGGAGUUACAGCGGGUCGAGAAGGAGAUCAAGACGUACGACCGUUUGUUCUACAUGGCCUUGCCACCCUCGGUCUUUAUCCCUGUUGCGAAUGGUCUGAAGAAGAAUUGUUAUACCACCAAGGGUAUCAACCGCCUAAUUGUCGAGAAGCCCUUUGGAAUGGAUCUCGAGAGCUCGCGCACGCUGCAGAAGGCCUUAGGCGCCCUUUACAGGGAGGACGAGAUCUACCGUAUCGACCACUACCUGGGUAAGGAGAUGGUCAAGAACAUCAUGAUUCUGCGCUUCACCAACCAGAUCUUCGGCUCCUGCUGGGACAAGGACCACAUCUCAAACGUCCAGAUCACAUUCAAGGAAAAGAUUGGCACGGAGGGUCGUGGCGGCUACUUUGACGAGUUUGGCAUCAUGCGCGACGUUAUGCAGAACCAUCUCUUCCAGAUUCUCUCCUUGAUCGCUAUGGAGACACCUGCAUCUUUGGAGGCCGAGGACAUUCGCAAUGCUAAGGUCGAUGUUCUUCGUGCAAUUCCCGAGGUGGUCGAAUCUGAGGUUUUGUUGGGCCAGUAUGGCAAGUCAGAGGAUGGCACUAUGCCCUCGUACCUUGAUGACGAGACUGUACCCAAGGGCAGCAAGACCGCAACAUUUGCGGCGGCUGCCUUCCAUAUCAAUAACCCCCGCUGGGAGGGUGUUCCAUUCGUGCUCAAGUGCGGUAAGGCUCUGGACCAGCAGAAGGUCGAGAUCCGCAUCCAGUUCAAGGACAUGGGUAAGAACCUCUUCCAGAAGGAUGUUGCUGCGCGUAACGAGCUCGUGAUCCGUGUCCAGCCCCAGGAGGCCGUCUAUCUGAAGAUGACCCAGAAACUCCCCGGUCUCGGUAUGGAGACGGUCUUGUCAGAGCUCGAUCUGUCGUAUGCGUCCAGAUUCACAAAUCUGUCCGUCCCUGACGCGUAUGAGAACCUGAUCUUGGACGCCAUCAUGGGCGAGCAGUCCAACUUUGUCAGGAGUGAUGAAUUGGAUGAGGCUUGGAGGAUCUUUACGCCUGUGUUGCACAAGAUCGACCGUGGACAGGUCCCUGUGGAGAUUUACCCCUAUGGCUCCAGGGGUCCCAAGCACCUACCUGAUUUCGUUGCCCGAUUUGGAUUUGAGAGGCAUGCACAGACCUACUCUUGGCCAGAGACUUCACAGACGGCUGCUUCCAAUGGUUCUCCUCAGCUGGGUGCAUCAGCGAGCGCCGACAGCAAAUUGUAAAGCAAUCUCAGGACGUAUUUGCCGACGAGGGGCAAAGGAGGCUGAGUUCUCCAAGGGCGGUUUCUUUUAAGCCAUAAAGGACAGCACAAUAAUAGCGGGGAUAGGAAGACAAGGGGUUUAUUCGUGCAUGUAUAUAUUUUAGGAGCAUUUUUUUAUCAUUCUCAUUCCCAUUAAGAAACAAAAACGAAAUAGACUCACAGAAUUGAGUUCAAU